CCUGGUGCCCAGCAGAUUCCAGCAGCAGCAUGUGCACAUGUGACUUUCGGAGGAGUUGGUCAGAAUUUGGCAGACGAGUUGAUCAGACUUUGGAUGUGAGGGCUUGCGAAGCUGAGUUUGGCUGAAAUCUGAAAGUUGCUUGUGGAUCUUGUUGCUAUGUCCUUCAAUGCAGUUGCGGGCUAUCUCGGCGACCUUGCCCGCGGCAAGCGGAGGGUGACUGCGAGCCGGCCAAGUCUGACUGGGAAGACUUGCAGGCCGCCGUCUUGGCCGGUGACACAAAGGCCCUGCAGGUGGCCGACGCAGUGAUGGCGCAGGAGGAGUCCGUGGAGGACUGGCGGAGCCUGCAGGACCCCAGGAACCUCAGGGACCCCAGCAACGGCACGACAGCUUGUGACUUCCGCGGUGCCGAUUUCGGUUGCCUGUUUUGCAGGAUGUGGGUCAGCCAGUCUGACGGAUGGACGCUGCGAAGCCUUGCAAGGCUUGGCCCGACCGACCUUCAGGCCGCGAGUGAAAAGGAGGAGGAGCAUCCAAACCCGUGCGUUGGUGUUGCCAAAGAAGCCAGUCAAUCUUGUGUUUGCUCUGGAAACUUGGCUCGAGGGUACUCAUCAACACUGACACAACAACAGCUCGCAAUGGUUGCCCGAUGGUCUAGUGCCAGUGAUUGAGGAAUCGCAGGCCGCUCAAGCGCUUUUCGAAUAGCCAUGGCGAUGAUGCGGACCAGGACCAAAAGCCGAGGUAUGUGCCUCUGCCUUCUCGGGAUUGCAUUGGCGCUGCUCGUGCAGCCGAGCACGGCCUGGGUCUUGGGACACAUUUUUUU